AUGGCUGCUGACAGUAAAAGCCAAGUAACAUAUCAACGUUUUCUUGAAUUCGAAAGUUUGAUGAAAAAAUAUCCGUCAUCAGGAGGUCAACCUUACAAUGCAGCACCAAUCGGUUUCUGCGCUUUUGCUUUGACAUUGUUUGUUUAUUCAAUGAAUAUGGCUGGUGCAACUGUGCCUGUAAACACUUCACCUUCUAUGGCGAUGGGUCUUGCACUUUUCUAUGGUGGUCUCAUUCAAUUUCUGGCUGGUUUAUUUGAACUACGCAUUGGAAACAAUUAUCAUGCUCUUCUAUUCUGUUCUUAUGCUGGUUAUUGGUUUGGACUCGGUGCUCUUUAUGCCAAUACCUUUAGCUUUUACAGUCUCGUAACAGAUGUAACUGUACAAUACAAAGCAUUAGGUAUUUUCUAUCUCGGAUGGACAAUAUUUACAUUAGUUAUGUUAAUUGCAUCGAUUCGAACAAACGUAAUUAUGAUUGUAUUCUUCUUUUUCCUGAUGUUAACGUAUAUUUUAUUCACGGCAAGCUAUUUUCUUUUAUGGGACCAAGGUACGACACGGGCAGGUGGAGCCAUUGGGAUAUUUACUUCAGUGAUACUUUGGUACAUAGGAUUCGCAAGUUUAAUGAAAAAAGGUGAUAACUCAUACUUCGACUUGCCGGUGUUUGUUUUAGCACCAACUGAUGAAGUCAAACCGAGCGCAUAA